AAACAUAUCUCCGGUAAAUAUCGCUAAAGGUUACUUUACACUAUCAGUUACGGUUAUAUGUUCGAUUGAAUACCUAAUAGAAACUCGGUGAACUCAACCUUCAAAAGUACGCUGAGCGCCAGCGAUCGUGAAUUGUUUUUGUUCAAGGAAGUACAGAGUGGUUGAACCAAUAAAAAUCGUGUCAAUAUAGUGGAGUGCAAGUAUUCACUCCCCCCAAAGUAGACGUUGAUAUUAUCUUCGGGACAAUCUGAUAUAAUACUGUCAGUAUCAAAUAACAAUUCUUCAGUCCGCGGAUUUUUGUGUUCGGAUAUGUGGUACGACUUCUGAAGGAAAAUUAUUAACUUUGUCAAGGUGUUGUCGUUGACUGACUACUGGAUUAUUGACUUUCGCUUCAACAAUGGUUCACAAACAAAUCUUCACCAUCACGAAGAAAGAUGUUGAAUCUCACAAGAAAGAAGAUGACUUAAAACCCGAUGGGUGCUUAAUCUCCCGCUCUUGUUUCCAGAAUGGUAUGGUACCAGGCACACCCAAUGUCUCCUGCUUUUCUUUCUCCUCGCCAUUGGAUAUGCUAUGAGAGUGAACUUAUCUGUAGGAAUAGUAGCGAUGACAGAUAAAACUGCUAGCAGUAAUCCAGAUGUACCGACAUAUGACUGGAACGACAAAAGCAUUGUCCUAUCCUCGUUCUUCUGGGGAUACGUGGUGCUUCAAGUUCUGGCAGGUUAUUGUGCAACACAGUACGGUGCGAAAUGGUUCCUGACUGGAGCUAUGAUGGUUAAUUCCUUGGCAUGUAUGGGCAUACCAUUCAUGGCAGCAGAGUUUGGAUCGAAAGGGGUCAUGGCAUGUCGAGUUUUACAAGGACUGAGUCAAGGCUUUUUCUUUCCCUCCGUUCAUGGUCUCCUUGGACAAUGGGUGCCUACAGGCGAAAGAUCGCAGCUAGGAACUUUUGUCUAUAGUGGUGCUCCAUUUGGAACCAUAGUGGCUUUACCUCUCACUGGUUUGAUCUCGGCUAGUGAAUUGGGAUGGCCCGUGAGUUUCUACUUGUUCGGAAUCGUAGGGAUGAUUUGGACUGUUUGGUGGUGUUUUGCCGGCUACGACAAUCCAUCGAAACAUCCUACAAUAUCAGAGCAAGAGAGGUACUACGUUGAAUCGUCCCUAGGCCACCUUAAGAAGAAAAUAUUACCCACUCCCUGGAAGGCCAUUUUUACUUCACUACCGAUGUGGGCAAUUGUGGUGGCAAACUUUGGUCAAAAUUGGGGAUAUGCUACGCUGUUAACAGAAAUACCGAAUUAUUUACACGAAGUCAUGGGAUAUAACGUGAAAUCUAAUAGUAUGUUGUCUGCAGCACCAUACCUUUGCUACUGGAUUAUCAGCAUGUGUAUCGGCCCACUUUCCGACGUCCUCAUAAAUCGCAAAAUUGUUACCAGAGGAACAUCGAGAAAAAUUUUCAAUUCUAUAGGUAUUGUGGGCCCGGCUAUUGCCCUCACGUUACUGAGUUAUCUACCAGACGAUGAAGACUUCCUUUCAGUAAUGGUAUUGAUAUUUGCUGUGGGAAUAAACGGAUCUGUUUCAUCCGGGUUCCAAGUGAACCACAUCGAUAUUUCACCAAAUUUCUCUGGAAUAUUGAUGGGAAUCACGAAUGGAUCGUCGAACAUAUUUUCAAUUAUUGCCCCGUUGGCUGUGCAAGUUAUCGUGACAGACGAGUCUGAUAAAUCCUUGUGGCGGAUAGUGUUCCUGAUAGCUUCCAUAAUUUAUGUGUUGUCCGCCAUAUUCUUCAACAUGUUCGCGUCUGGAGAAAUUCAACAGUGGAACUAUGAGCAACCCGAAAAUGACAAAAUGAGAAAAUUGAGCCACAUGGACAAUAAUGAAAAAUAUGGGAAAUCAACAUAUACGCAAUCGGUCACAGAAGAGAAAGUUUGAGAAUGAUAUUCAUUCUGCCCUUCAACAGGACUCGUUUUUAUCGGAAAACAAUCGUUUUUAAUGUAUAAUUUUAUGUAUGAACGUGUAAAUUAUUGUUUAGACUAUUGUUUAAUUGAAAGAAUGUUCGCUAUAUGUACGAGGUACAUUAGGUUAGUUUACAUAAUUUAUUAAAUAUUGUUAAUUGUUAUUUUAUCUGUGAUAAAGUGAUGUGAAUAUUAUCAAGCUGUGGUUUUAGCUGUAGCAUGAUACUUUCAUUUCAAUAAAAGAUAUUCACAAAAUUA